AUGAGGACUGGGAGAGAGGGCAGAGGAGGGAGGGAGGAGGGAGGGAGGGCAGAGGAGGGAGAGAGGGCAGAGGAUGGGGGGAGGACAGAGGAAGGAGGGAGGGAGAGGAGGGCAGCGGAGGGCGUGGUGCAGCGGAGGGAGGAGGGCAGAGGAGGGAGAGAGGGAGCGGAGGGAGAGAGGGCAGCGGAGGGAGAGAGGGCUGAGGAGGGGGGGCGAGGACGAGGGGGAGAAGAGGGCAGAUGGAGGGAGAGAGGGCAGCGCCGGGGCCUCUUUAACGCCGCUGUUCUACCGCUGCCCUCUCUCCCUCCGCUGCCCUCUCUCCCUCCUCUGUCCUCCUCUCCCUCCUCUGCCCUCUCUCCCUCCGCUCUGCCCCUCUCCCUCCCGCUGCCCUCUCUCCCGCCCCUCUGCUCCCUCCCUUCCCACCGCUUGCCCUCCUCCGCUGGCCUCUCUACUCCCCUCCCUCCUUGCCUGCUGUCCGCCCUCCCUCCUCUGCCUCUCUCCCUCCUUGCCCUCCCUCCCGUCCCUCCCUCCUCUGCCCUCUCGUCCCUCCUUCUGCCUCCCUCCUCUGCCCUCUCGCCCUCCUCUGCCCUUCUCCUCCUCUGCCCUCUCUCCUCUCUUCGCAACCAUCAGCCCUGA